AUGAAGGAGUGGCCGUCGACCGAAGCAUGUUUGACGGACGAUCAUGUCAUCCAUUGGUGCCUGGCCGUGAGUUUUAGAUUUUCGGAGAUCAUGACGAGCGCAGGGACCUGGGGAAGUCUGCUAACACAAGUAUACACGCCACAGAUACAAUAUUCUAUUGAGUGGGUAAAGGAAGAUAAGGGCAGCCGCUCUAAAUUCUUCAUUGGUCUGCAAAACUACCUCGUCAAAGUCGGGAAGAGGCUCGGAGCCAAGCUGGACAAAGAGGCAGAUUUCAGCAUUCGGUCGUAUGUACCUAUUUUCAUUGACUACCUGUCUCGGACACCUUUCCAUUCUGCCUUCUGGCUGAGUGCGACAAGACAACCAAUUAGGACGAGCAUUAACGUACUGACAUCCGUCCAUCUUGCUGCUCUCCUUCAGUUACCUUUGGGCCAAGUACGUCGAGCCCACUCGCCGCUCGGCCGCUGCCUCGAAGUUCGGCACCGCCAACUCCAAGGACUGGAAGCAGCCUCUCGCGCGAUUACAGACAACGAAAAAAGAUGCCCAGUCGCAAAUGUUCCUACUUGUUGUUAAGACCGAUCUUGACAUUCAUCAAGUUGCAAAGGUCAGUCGAGGCCACUGCCAUUUGGUCUUCAGUGCUCACCUAUUCUCAGUUUCGUCACGCUGAUCGGACCUUCGCGCGCCUGCCGUGUUCGAUUACUUGGUUGGUCAGAAACUGGCUACCAAGAGUUCGCGAUCGACAGCACCCACAGCUGGUGGGCGUGGGAAUGCACAUGGUUCGAGAUCGUGGAGCCGAGGUGAGCCUAUUUUCAAAUUGGUAACACGGGAGGCAGCUGGGCUGACGUGUUUUCACUCUCGCGCCAACUCUCCACUUAACUGGCACCCUUCCAAUAUGACUAGGCUUCUAGGGAUUUGCUCAGGUAUGA